AGCCUUUUGGGCUCUUGAGCAGUUUUGUUUGCACAUGCGCAGCAUGUUACAUGGCGAAUGUUCAGUCCUUUUGAUGAGACUGGCAUUGGCUACCUUUGCUUUUGGAGUAGCAGCUAAGCCUGCUAAGCCUCAUAUCAUCUUCCAUGUGAUCGACGACUUCGGUUGGGAUGAUCCUGGUUUUCGAAACCAUCAGAUUCACACACCGGCCCUGGACAUGUUUCACCAGCAGGGCAUCACACUGGAUCAGUACUACGUCCAGCCAUCCUGCUCCCCCAGCAGGGCCACCUUCAUGAGUGGCCGGAUGCCCCUGCACACAGGCAUCAACGAUUGGAUCCCCAACAAGGCCUAUGGAUUGCCACUGGAUGAAACCACCUUGCCACAACUGCUUGGUUCGGCAGGCUACAAGUGCCACGCCGUGGGCAAGUGGCACUUGGGAUUCUUCAGGACAGAGUACACACCGACAUUCAGAGGCUUCGAGUCCUUCUACGGCUUCUACGAGGGAUCGGAGGACUAUUUUAAGCAUACCAAAGAUGGCGGCUUUGACUUGCACCGGGAGGCUCAGCCGCGCUGUGGUCCUGGCUGCACCACGCUGGCCUGGGAGGAUACAGAUCAGUACUCCACCAACCUCUUCGCCGAUGAGGCCCUUCGAAUCAUUGAUCGACACAAUACUUCAGAGCCGCUGUUCCUCUACCAAGCCUGGCAAGGUGUCCAUGACCCCAGACAGGUUCCACAGCACUAUGUGGAGCCCUACGUCCAUCGCAUCCCAGACCUCAAACGUCGGGAGUUCGCCGGCAUGGUCUCCGCGGUGGACGAGGGCAUCGGCAACAUCACGCGGAAGCUCCAGGAGAAGGGGAUGUUGGCCGAUGCGGUGGUCAUCGUCACCACGGACAAUGGCGGCCCCAUCGUGGACUGCGCUGGCAUCGGCGCUUCGAACCUGCCCUUGCGAGGUGGCAAAUGCUCGCUUUGGGAAGGAGGUACGCGCGGUACCUCCUUGCUUUUCGCGCCAGGAUACGUUGAGCGAAGCUUCACCUGGCAGGGUUUGAUGCACGGCGCUGACUGGUUGCCAACCCUGGUGGAAGGGGUGGCAGAUGAAAGGAUUUGGGCCACCAAGCCUUUAGAUGGCAUGAACGUUUGGCCACAGCUGAUUGGAAACCGGUCUUCGCCCCGACAGGAGCUCUACUAUGGCCUGGCCGACUCCCAGGUGGGCCACCAUGGCCCCGCCUUACGCGAGGGGCCCUGGAAGCUGAUUGUGGGCACUGGAGGCGGCUCUGGUGAUCAUCCUCACUGGUGGAGGAACUUCUCCAGCUCUUUGGGGCUUUCGGAGGAUCAUCGACCUCGGCUCUUCAACGUGCAGGAAGAUCCCUCCGAGCGCUGUGAGGUCUCAGACCAGGAGGAGCGAGUGCGUUCCAUGCUCUCGAAGAUCCAUGGCUACCAGGCCACCGCGGUGCCACAACGCCAGGGUGAUCCGCGCUGUCCGCCCUUCGCGCCCUUGCGGUCACCGCAAGGUCCAUACCUGGGGCCUUGGUGUGAUGACGCUCAACAAGAAGUUGUCGUCUAGGCCGAUCCGAUGUCCUGGACUUCCGCGCCACCGCGCACAGGCCGCUUCCACCCGGCUCCGCUGGCCCGGCGGAAGCGGCAGAUCCGACGACCUGCGGCCGAAGCGGAAAAGGGGCGCUGCGGAGCUCAGAGCCCCCGACCCGGC